UCCUCUUCUCUCUCACAUCCCAUCUUAGACUUACCUCUUAGUUCGUUGCGAGCUGACAUGGCGCCAACAGAACAACCACCGCUCCUCGGAUUCCAACGAGAAGACUUCGCUUAUAUACCAUGGGGAGGAAUCUUAGGAGAACCCUACACUCUGGACUCCAAUCUACCUGCCCUGAGAACUCCCCGUGAAAAAGCAGACAUUCACCAACCACCCAAAUAUGGCCUCGGUAACCUUGAUGCAAUGCCUCUGGAGCUGCUCCACAGCAUACUCCCCCAACUUGACAUACUCUCCAUCACGAGAUUUCGCCGUCUAAACCGCCAAGCCAGGGAAAUUGUAGACUCAGUACCCCAGUAUAAAGCCCUCCGAACCCACACCCUUCACGUCCUCCGGAGCAUCCUCCUCCUAGGAGCCGGCCAAUGGCACACCUGUGACACUCUCUACAAAACCCUUUGCACACCUUGGUGCACAGACUGCGGCGAUUUCGGAGACUAUCUGUACAUCCCCUCAAACAGCCGAGUAUGCUUGUCGUGCUUCACCAAGGCCAAAAAGUACCUCCCGCUGCGGCACACGGAUGCCCUGCGAGUCUUCGGGCUUACCCACGAAGCGCUGAGAUCAUCAGCUCGCAUGAUGAGGAGCGUUGCAGGAACCUACACGACCAAUCGCUACAAGCGAAACGAGCGUUUUCUCCUCGUCGAUGCAGAGUCUGGGCGCGCAGCUGGUAUCCAACUCCACGGGUCGGCAGAAGCCAUGGAACAGCAUGUCGCAGACGUGCAAGCGCGGAAACAGCAAGCGUACGAGGAGCGGCUUGCCGCAGCGAAGAAGGCCGCGUCUGUCCCCGUGACGCGCCGGCUGCGACGGCCACGGGCGGAGGAGGAUGUCGAGGCCCCGGAAGAGUACGCAGAAAGUCGAGUCCGUGCACCCAGGGCAGAAGAGCGUUAUGAUCACGAGGAGACGGAGCCGCUGCGAUACAUGGCAGUUGUGCGGAUGCCGUGGCUGGAUAGACGUAGUGAGCGGGUGGAGAAGGGGUUUUAUUGUGCUGCUUGCCGUAAUGGCUAUAAUGGGACUAAGAAUUGGUGGCGGAAGUUCUCGGUGGCGUCGUUUGACGAGCAUUUGAAGGUGCUUGGGGGGAUUCGGGAUAGGGUGCAUCAUUCGGAUUUGCGGGGGUUUGCGGGCAAAGAUGGGCAGGUCAUUGGGGAUGGGGAGAGCUUGUAUGCUCGGUAUGGCUCGACUAUGCUUGCCCUCGUUGCUGAGGCGGAAAAGAGAGGAUGGUAAAUGGGAUUCAUGUGGCGAUUGUCGUCUUGUAUCUUCGCAUAUCUCACAUUACCAAUUUUCUCUUGUGAGAUCUGCUGGAGUGCGGGAGUGUUCUCGAACAUACUUAGAUGCAAACGACACC